GGGCAGCCACACUGCAUGCAGGCUGGGCUGACGGGGGAGCUCAUAAGCCAGGCUCUGAGACCCAGGCAGGGCCUAGGGUGGGAAGAUGGCAGGUGGGGGCAGCGACCUGAGUACCAGGAGGCUGAAUGGAGUUGUUUCACGAGUAGCAAAUGAGAUGAACUAUCUUCCUGCACACAGCCAAAGUUUGCAAAGGAUAUUCACGGAAGACCAGGAUGUAGAUGAGGGGCUUCUCUAUGACACUAUAUUCAAGCACUUCAAAAGACAUAAGCUGGAGAUUUCAAAUGCAAUAAAAAAGACAUUUCCAUUCCUUGAGGGCCUCCGCGACCGUGAACUCAUCACAGAUAAAAUGUUUGAAGAUUCUCAAGAUUCUUGUAGAAACCUGGUCCCUGUACAAAGAGUGGUGUACAAUGUUCUCAGUGAGCUGGAGAAGACAUUUAACCUGCCAGUUUUGGAAGCACUGUUCAGCGAGGUCAACAUGCAGGAAUACCCCGAUUUAAUUCACAUUCGUAAAAGCUUCAACAAUGCAAUCCAAGACAAAUUAUCUUUCCAAGAAAGCGAUCGAAAAGAAAGGGAAGAGAGGCCUGACAUCCAACUAAGUCUUGAACAAGUUUCUGGUGAACUAGAAGAUUACCAAAUGACCAAAGAAGGAGAAUCAGAAGAGCUUGCUUCUAGCUUGCUUUACAAUUUCGGCCCAGGAGCAGAGCAACCAGCAUGUGAAAAUGAGAAGUGCUCCUAUGUCAUGGGUUUCUCCGAAGAAGUGCCAGAAAGCCCAGAAGCAAAGAUGGAAAAUGGCCAAGCAUGUGGCAAAAUGGAUACUGUGGGUAUUGGAAACAACUCUACUUUGGAAAAACCCAAGAGGAAGAGAAAAAAAAAGAAGGGGCAUUCCUGGACCAGAAUAAAAAGCGGAACGCAGAAAAAAAUCCAACAACAUGAUAACAGCAAACCCGGUGGCCAGCUGGUCCCUAAUGAAGAGAAGGCAAAAGUGAAUCUGCAAGGCCUUUCCAAGAUCAGCGGGAGUAAGAGAAGCAAACCUGGAACCCGCUUCACUCAGAGUGACAGAGCUCCACAGAAAAGGGUCCGAUCGAGAGCUUCAAGAAAGCACAAAGAUGAAACUGUGGGUUUUCAGGCUCCUUUACUUCCGGUGACCUGUGGUGGGGUGAAGGGAAUUUUACAUAAGGAGAAAUUGAAACAAGGAAGCUUCUUGAAGUGUAUACAGACUGAGGAUGGAAAUUGGUUCACCCCCGGGGAAUUUGAAACCAAAGGAGGCUACGCAAGAGCAAAGAACUGGAAGCUGAGUGUGCGCUGUGGCGGGCGGCCCCUACAAAGGCUGAUAGAGGAAGGAUCUCUACCUAAUCCUCCAAAAAUACAUUACAGGAACCAGAAGAGAAUACUGAAGUCUCACAACAAUAGCUCAGUGGACCCUUGUAUGAGAAACUUGGAUGAGUGUGAGGUGUGCCGGGACGGAGGGGAGCUGUUCUGUUGUGACACUUGUUCAAGAGUCUUCCAUGAAGACUGUCACAUCGCGCCUGUGGAAACUGAGAGGACCCCGUGGAGUUGCAUCUUCUGCAGGAUGAAGGAGUCUUCAGGAAGCCAACAGUGUUGUCAGGAAUCUGAGGUCCUGGAGAGGCAGAUGUGUCCGCAGGAACAGUUGAAAUGUGAGUUCCUCCUCUUGAAAGUCUAUUGCUGUUCUGAGAGCUCCUUUUUUGCCAAGAUUCCAUACUAUUAUUAUAUUAGAGAGGCGUGUCAAGGCCUGAAGGAGCCCAUGUGGUUGGAUAAAAUCAAGAAAAGGCUGAAUGAGCACAGUUACCCCCAAGUGGAGGGGUUUAUACGAGACAUGCGCCUCAUCUUCCAGAACCACAGGGCCUCUUACAAGUAUAACGAUUUUGGUCAAAUGGGACUUAGACUGGAGGCUGAAUUUGAGAAGGAUUUCAAGGAAGUGUUUGCUAUUCAGGAAACAAAUGGGAACAGUUGACUGGUUUAGUGGAUGCUGAAGGCCUUCAGGAAAUGGUACCCCAAAAUAUGCCACUGCCUUGCCACUGACUUCAAACUGAGAGCACUUGGGAAAUAGCACAAGCAGGGAGGGGCUUUUCUCUGAGCCUCCCUCAUCUGCCCAAAGACAAAUCCUCAAAAGAAAUUCGAUCAUCAUGAAUCACAUCCCCAAGAAUCUCACCAACCAGAGAAGAGUAACUGAGAUCACAGGGAAGGAGAUUGGAGGUGACACCAGCACAGACAGACUCUCACCUCUUCUCCUGAGGUCGGCUCGAGAUAACAUUUAUUACUCACAAGACCUUUCUCCUCUGUUUUUUUUUGAGACGAAGUCUCACAUUGUCACCCGGGAUCGGAGUGCAAUGGCGCGAUCUCGGCUCACUGCAACCUCUGCCUCCCAGGUUCAAGCGAUUCUCCUGCCUCAGCCUCCUGAGUAGCUGGGAUUACAG